AUGGGCUCUGGCAUAUUUGAAUAUUUUCAUAUAUUGGAUCAACUAAGAUCUUACAGUAAUGUUCCAAAAGAGUUGAUAUAUUCCUUGCGGCCUUACAUCUUACUCAUAUACAGGUCAGAACAGCAAAACAAGUUCAGUGAACCUAUGCCAUGGAUUGGGAUCUAUAUCACCUUCGCCUCUCUGUUUUGCAUCCUUUCAAUGGUGGCUGAUUUAUUACAUGGUUUUAGGAACAGAAAAUUCUGGUUUCCAUGUAAAUAUUUCACUAUCAAUGCUGCUUCUCUCACUGUGAUAGCUGUUGCAAUAAAGCUACCCAUGGAUCUAACUACUCUAAUGCCAGGUUAUGUCGACCUAGCUGCAAAAAUUGGAAGCCUCUCCUUUAUGUGCACUAUGAUGGCUAAUUUAUUGCCUUCUUUAGCAACCAUGAGCAUAAAGGAACUUGUAUCAAACAUCAUAGCUUUAGCUGUCCUCGUAAUUACCUUGGUUGUGAACGUCUGCAUUCAAAUAAACACCGGAGUUAUCUCCUAUCAUGAAGAUGAUGAUCAAUACUUUUAUACGGUUAAUGAAGCAGGAAUUUCACAAUAUAAUAUGUACACAUAUACACCCGGUAAUGGCUUCAUAGCAUCACUUUAUGUGUUUAUGUUACUCUCGUUGCUUAUAAUAUAUGCGUGUUCAUCUUUAGCAAUUAUAAAGUCCACACAAAUUCUAGAAUCAAAAUACCAAGUGGCUCAUCGUAAAGCUCUAAAGGAUGAAGAGUUUCACCAGCCAGGAAUAUUAACUAUUGAGAAGCUAAAGCAGCAUGUGAGCAACUACUGGAUCAUGGCAGGAACCGGAAACCCCAGUUCAUGA